AUGGGCAAAUUUAUGAAACCUGGAAAGGCAGUGUUGGUGCUGGCUGGAUACUACUCUGGACGCAAAGCUGUCAUCAUGAAGAACAUUGAUGAUGGCACUUCAGACCGCCCCUACAGCCAUGCUUUGGUGGCUGGAAUCAACCAUUACCCCUGCAAAGUGGCAGCUGCCAUGGGCAAGAAGAAAAUCACUAACAGAUCAAAGAUCAAGUCUUUUGUGGAAGUUUAUAACUACAAUCACGUCAUGCCCACAAGAUACUCUGUGGAUAUCCCCUUGGACAAAACCAUUGUCAACAAGGAUGUGUUCAGAGACCCUGCCCUUAAACACAAAGCCUGGCUUAAGGCCAAGGUCAAAUUCGAAGAGAGGUAA